UGAAAACGGUGACCAGAAGCAUUUAUAUUCUCUCUCCCCUCAUCGGCCCAUCAAAAUCCCCCAAACAAUGGCAGUAGCAAACCUACACAGGCUUCGCCAAUUCAACCGUCUGCCGGCGAUCAGCUACUCCAAAUCCAUUUUCUCAAGAUGGUCGGCGUCCGCCGUCGCCGCCUCGCCGGAAUCUUCCUCGUCCUCCAGAAAGGUAUCGGAUCGCAUCGUGAAGCUAUUCGCGAUUGAUCCGGAGGGCACGAGGAGGGAGGUCGUCGGCUUGACCGGCCAGACCCUUUUGAAGGCGCUUGCAAAUCGGGGGCUGAUUGAUCCUGAUUCCCAUCGCUUGGAAGAGAUCGACGCCUGUUCGGCGGAAUGCGAGGUUAGCAUCGCUGAGGAGUGGCUAGAGAAGCUUCCGCCGCGGUCCUAUGACGAGGAGUACGUGCUCAAGAGAAGCUCUAGGGUUAGGGUUUUGAACAAGCACUCGAGGCUCGGCUGCCAGGUUGUUCUCACUCCCGACCUUCAAGGUAUGGUCGUUGCGGUUCCCGAGCCCAAACCUUGGGACAUUCCUUAAUUUUUACUCGUUUUUGGAUCGUUGAAUCUUUGUUCAUCGGCUUAUUUUAGCUGUUUGGUUGUUUAAUAAUUUGUACCUUGAGGUGGUACAUUUGGAUGACUUGUCGUCUUUGCAAAAGAUUUUUCUCUAAUUGCGUCGUUUUGAUGCUUCUAGUUGUACUGUUGUAAGCCUGGUUAAUCGAAUAUUUUUUGUGCAUUCGGAUUUUCUGUACCACUUUGUUACAAUGGAUAUAAACAUUUGGAGAAUGUAAAACAAACUGGCAAGCAUUUGUUAGAUACCCAUAAUAUGAAAAUUUCUUCGUUUUUGUU